AUGUCGCUGUCUAUCGCUAAGGGGAAGGCCGUCGCCAACGGGAAUGCAUCUACCACUCCCUACGAAUUACCAUGGGUCGAGAAGUAUCGGCCGCAAGUCUUGGACGACAUCGUCGGAAAUACCGACACUAUUGAAAGGCUCAAAGUGAUAGCGAGGGAUGGCAACUGUCCGCACAUCAUUAUUUCUGUAUGGAUGCCAGGCAUUGGAAAGACGACAAGCAUACACUGUCUGGCCCACCAGUUACUCGGAGAUGCAUACAAAGAGGCAGUAUUGGAGUUGAACGCUUCUGACGAGCGGGGGAUCGAGGUUGUAAGGAAUAAGAUCAAAGCCUUCGCGCAAAAGAAGGUCACGCUGCCUUCAGGGCGACACAAAAUCAUCAUCCUGGAUGAGGCAGACAGUAUGACGGCGGGGGCCCAGCAAGCUCUGAGACGAACCAUGGAACUUCACGCCAAAACCACCCGGUUCGCUCUGGCAUGCAAUAUGUCGAACAAGAUCAUUGAACCCCUGCAGAGUCGCUGCGCUAUCCUUCGGUACUCGAAACUUCGAGACCAAGAAAUCCUUAAGCGGUUACUGGAAAUAUGUGAGGCCGAAAAGGUCGAGCACAACAACGAAGGAAUCGAGGCCCUUAUCUUUACUGCAGAGGGAGACAUGCGACAAGCAAUCAACAACCUUCAAUCAACAUGGUCUGGUUUCGGCUUCGUGUCUGGGCCAAACGUCUUCAAAGUGUGCGACCAACCCCAUCCAAUCGUCGUUCAAGCCAUGAUUCGAGCAUGCGUCAAGGGCGACAUUGAUGGUGCCAUGGAGAGGCUCAACGAGCUAUGGGACCAAGGCUACAGCGCUGUUGACAUCGUAGUCACUGUGUUCAGGGUGGUCAAGACAUUCGACGAGUACGCUUGUUUGAUGCUUCUCGAUGAGAUCGGAUUUACCCAUAUGCGCAUCCUUGAAGGUGUGGGCACACUGGUUCAACUGGGAGGUUUGAUGGCUCGACUGUGUCGGAUGCAUUUCAAACCUGCGCUUUUUCGGGCAUGA